GCCAGGCAGUGACGUCAUCGCGGCGCCAAAUUUCAGACUGUUAGAAAGCGCGGGAGCAGCUCGAGCGGGGAGAGGUUGAGCACUCAAAAUGAAUCAAAACAGAGCCAGUGAAGCAAACAGAUAUGGAUUAGCUACACCUCAGAGUGUGUCAAGGAGUGCAUGGCUUGGUUCAGGAACCUCCGAGGGAAGAACUAGCUUCUUUGGAAGAAGGACAAGCAGCAUUGGAACAUUUUCUACAGAUUUAUAUGGUGCCUGUGGAGGCACGGAGAAAAUAAAAGAUCCCAGACCACUUCAUGAUAAGGCCUUUGUACAGCAAUGUAUUCGGCAACUUUGUGAGUUUCUAGGGGACAAUGGUUAUCCACAAUCUAUUUCGAUAAAGAGUUUGCAGUCACCCACAUCUAAGGAAUUUCUGAAGAUUUUCUCCUUUGUGUAUAACUUGAUUGAUCCAUCUUAUCAACUACCUGAUUCAAAGUUUGAGGAAGAAAUCCCUAGAAUCUUCAAAUCUCUUGGGUAUCCCUUUCCAUUGUCAAAAAGUUCAAUGUAUACAGUCGGAGCUCCACACACUUGGCCACAGAUUCUUGGUGCAUUAAUUUGGUUGACGGAUGCUGUUAAGCUGACCAAGUCCAUUGAUCCAGAUAAGAUCCUGUUUGAUGCAGAAAAGGACUGGGAUGAAGUGGAGAAUGUGACUGAAGAUGGUGUUCAUCAUAACAGGCUGUUUCUUAGCUAUACAAGUAAAUGUUAUUCACGUCACCUUGCUGGCAUUGAUGACCAUGAAGACUUGGACUUGGAGAAUUUAACUUUGCUCAAGCAACAUUUUGGGGUGGAUGAAGCUAAAUUUGAAGAAGUUGCUGCAGAGAACAGGAAGCUCUCAGAAGAGUUGAGGAAACUGGAGAAAGAAAAACUUAAUGAACCAGAUCGAGUUCAAGCACUAGAGAAAACCAAAGCAAGCUUGCAAGCAGAUCAAGAGAAAUAUAAGAAAUAUCUUGAAGAAAUGGAAAAUCAUAAAACUAUGCUGGAACAGAGAGCAAAAGGAAUCAAGGAAGAAAUAGAAUCCAUGGCAUUGGAGUUGCAUGCAGUUAAAGAAGAGAACAAAAGAUUGCAACAGAUAUACGAUAGGCAGGAGAAUUCAGCUGUUGACGUAAUGAACAUGAAUCGUGAGAAAAAUGAAUUGGAUCAAAUGUUAAUUUCCCUGGAUAAAAGUCUAGAAGAGGCAGAUAAGAGGAUGUGGAAUGAAGAGAUAAAAGUGUCCAAGGCUAAGGAAAUGCUGGAAGUCAGACUGCAAGAGUAUCAUACAAUGGCUCGGAAGCUCAAACUAAUCCCCAAAACAGCCGAAAAUGCUCGAGGACAAGAUUUUGAGAUAAGUCUCAUGGAUAUUGCUUCGGGGAAAGGGAAUUUAUCACAAAAGACCUUGGAAAUAAAACAUGGCUUAAUGGCACUGGUAAAGCAGCAAAAUGAAGAAAUUCAAGAUAAGAGAAACAAGUUGAUGAGUUUGAAAGAGGCCAAUGAACAAGUUCAGACCAUGAUAGAUGACAAAGCAAAUGAUUUGAAAAUGUUAAGGGAACAAAUUCGUAAAGUGGAUGAAACAAUUGAACAAGAAAAGGAGGAAGAUAAUCGAAAAAUGGCAAAGCAAGUUGAGGAGCUUGAAUCUUUGGAAAACAAGAAGAAAUGUUUGCAGAGGUCCUUGGAGGAAGACUUAGAUGAAGCAGUUGGACAACUGAAAGCAGCUAAAAACCGGUAUGAUGAAGUGGAGCAGAAGACCACAGAAGCAAGGAGAAAAGCGAAGGACAAAUUGCAGUUUUUCUUGGAUACAAUAAGCCAACAUGUUGCCAGUGUCGAGAAUUAUCUUGAGGAUUAUAAUAAAUGUGCUGAGAGAGACCAUGAAGAAUUCUUGAAAGAAGAAUUUUUAACAGAUAUUAAGUCCAUCGCUGAAUUAUGCAAAGAGAAGAGUGGUUCUCUGUAGCCACGGCCAUUUAACAUUAUACAGGUUUCUGUUGUUUCUGUGUGUACAGUUUAUGUUAAGAAACGAGUUCACACUAUUGCAGUUGUAGGUUGCAGAAUGUGUUAAGAAUUGUUGAUGUAAAAUCCAUGAUAAAUGAGCAUUAAAUAAAUUGCAUUUAUUCCAAC